AUGACAACUUCACUUUCUUCUUCCCCUAACGCCCAAGGUUCUCUACUCUUCUCACGCUCUCAAUCCGACAAUUACCCACGAGCUGGUAUCCUCCUCAACGCACACGAAAUCGAUUCUUCACCACCCCGUCGUACUUCUCCUCCUUCUUCCCCUCUUUACCCAGUAUCCGGCCAACCAAAUCACAUCAUCAUCCCCUCUGGUCAACUUUCCCCUGGAAAUGGGAUAGACAGAAUUGGAGGUCAAUCUUCAGCUCCUAUUUCCCCAGGAGGUCAUACCCCUAAAAUCCGUUUUGCACCUUUACCAGACCCAAAAAGACCUCGAUCGUUGAGUACCGGACGGAAUGUCGCUUGGGUCACUUCGAUGGCUCCGAAUGGAGAUAGGACAAAGGCGAUAGCGAUCAGAGGUUUGGAACAUGAAUCUUCACCUGAAUAUGAGGAGGAGGUGCUUGACGAGACGGAUGCUGCUGAUGAUGCGGAAGAUGAGGAUGGGGAACCGGGAAGGGGAAGAAGAUGGAGUAAAUCUAUAGUUAGUGGAAGUUGGAAAGGUACCAAAAAGUUGUUGUUAGUAGGAGGGAGUAGUAGUACUAGUAAAGAUGAAGGGUAUGCUAGUGGUGCACCAUUGAAGAAGAGUGUCAGUACGGGAGGAUUGAUGGGAUCAUCCCCAUUCAGAUCCACGAGCGAAAGGGAAAGAAGGAAAUCCAUGCAAGGUGGUUCACCAGCCCGAGUAAACUCCGUCCUAUCUCCAAAACACAACAUUCAUCCACCUGAACAUCGUCGUAACUCCUCUCUCGAUGCACUACAUCAACCCACCGCAAUCUUAGGUUCAUCUCCCACAGGCGUCCGCAUGCUCAACGGAAGGAUUUACGGGACCCGUCGUGCUGCCGAGCGAGAGAAAGAAGAAAGACUUCGUAGGGAAAAACUCGAACCUGCAUUUAUCGAAUGGGGUCAUCAUAGACCUAUAGCCAGUCUGGGAACUGAACCCUCUCCAUCCAAUUCGGGAUUUUUAGAGGAAGAAGGUAGUGGAAUGGAAUGGGUUAAAAGAAGAAGAGAAGCUAGAAAACGUCGAGAAGCUGAGGAAAGAGAAAAUGCUAUGAGAGAACAACAAUCUAAUUCUGAAAUGGACGAUACACCUCAGGAUGAUGGUUUGAGUAGUAGUUCUUCUAGUGAUUCUUCCCUCGAUCCUAGGAGAACAAGUGACUCAGCACCUUUGGUCACACCGAAUUUGAAGACAGCGGAUUUACCACCCACCCCUAUUAUAAGAGUCUCGGAAGCUUCGGUGGGACAGAAUAGCGAGGUGUCAAGUCCGAUGGAUGAGAAAAUGUAUAGUCCACCUAUCGCUAUAAAUAUCGCACCGCAGACUCCUAGACUGGGGGAUGGAGGUGAAGCCAGGGACGUUUUUGAUGAUGAAGGUUCAGGUGAUGAAGAAGAUGAAGAGGGGGAUGGGGAUGGGGAAGGGGAAGGGGAAGGGGAUGACAACGAUUUCGAAGAGGACGAAGAGGAAGAAGAGGAAGUGACUAGAACUACAGCUUCGGCAGCAGGAAUUGAAGUUGUCAGUCGACACCGAAAGUGA